AUGCCCUGCCAAUGUAAACAAAAAUAAAGAAGAUAAAGAAUGAUCGGCAACUAAUAAAGGCCUUCGUAAAUGUAUAAUAAUAUUAUUAUCAAGACAAACUUCAGGUAUGCAGUUUGAGAUGAUUGAAGAGGUAGUAAUGGAGUUAUGCUUUAAUAUUAAUAUUAGAAAAUGUAUAUUGCCAAAUAAAAAGGACUAUUUGGUUAAAUAAAAGAAACAGAAUGAAUGUUGA